AUGGACGAUGAGGAUGAGAACAGGGAUGAUGAAGAGGGAGGAGACGAGGGUCAAGUUCGAGAACAAGGUCAAGAUGGAGACGGCAAUGCGAACGAGGGUGGUGCUAUCGAGCAAGCAGCAUUGGUCGUUGCACGACUGCGAGCCGUAGUUGAUCGUGCUGACGCGGCUAUCGCUAAUGUCGCUAAUGAUUUCGUUCUGAGGCCUGAACAACAACGAGCGGUGGCAAGGCAAGUAUCCGGGGACGGAAUGGCUGUAGCAGCAUUGAACGCAGCUGUUGGAGAUGCCGAAGCAGCGGCGGUCGUGUUAAUCGGUCAGUUACGCGAAAUGGUCGAUGUAUUGGUUCGUGAACGAGAUCAGAUCAGGGAGGUGGUCUUGCAGCGAGGUCUUUUGGACGAUAACGAUGAUAACAAUGCUGAUUUGGGCUUCGAAUUAUUCCCACUCAAUGAAAUUGUCUAUCAGCCAGAAAUGUUGCUGAAAUCGUCGGUAACGGUGGUGGUUGAUAAUUUUUCGAAGUUUCGCCAAGAGCUUACGUUCUUACCGAGUGAACUUCUGUUCGAGAUUUAUAUGAAUAUGUAUAAACGAGAGAAAUUCUGUCAACUUGGUUAUGAAUGGUGCAAUUUGGAUGUAUUCCAUCGAAUGCUGAUGCUCAAAUCCAAAAGGAUCGAGAUUCACGAGAUAUAUCAAUGUCUUAUUCGAAACGGUACAAUGAUCUCUGGCACCUUGCUAGCUGUCGCAAAGCAACGCGUUGAUUGGCUCUUAUCAGAUCCAAGUUGGACUGUUUAUGAAUUGGAAGAGCUUUAUAAUUUCACACUGGAGUUGGGUGUUUUCUUCCUCGAAUCUUGUUCAUACAACUGGGCUGGCGGCGCAUUGCUUUACUGCCAUUCGAUCCUUCUCAAGUUCCCUGUCCGAACGAAUUGGCGUCAGCAGAAAUUAUUCGAACUGAAUUACUGGUUGUUGGAGUAUUACACGGGUAAUUGUAUGUAUACGGAGGCGAUACGAACGUGUUCGUUGUUCGAUGCAUUAAUAUCGCACGUCGAAAAAUCAUCAAAUCAAAAUGAUGACAAAGCUGUUAAUUUAGCGCAGAUACUUAUUCAAAGCGCUGUUCUUUGGUAUCAGAUAGGUGAAUUUAAACAUGCACUGCAAUAUGCCGUUCGAGCACUGCGUUGCAUCGUUAAUCGACCAACGCCGAUGCGGACAAGAGUGGAUGUGUUGAGAAUAUCGGCAAAGAUAUUGAUUUGCCUAAGACAAUCUGAUUUGGCAAUGAAGCUGAUUCGAUAUGCGGUCGCCGUAGUUCUGAGGCAUUUCGAUGGUGGUCGUCGAUUCAGUUGUGUCUUAUUUGAUUAUGCGUUUUGCUUGGUGAAUCGAGAUCGCGUCGAGCAUGCACUGGACGUUUACGAUAUCGCGUUACGAAUUCGUGAACAGCAGUUCGGUUCUUUUUCAGUGCGUACAUCACAGGCACUUGAAGAUGUUGCUUAUGCGCUCUACGUGCAUGGUUAUGGCACUGGCAAUUUUCAACAUGCAAGUGAGCUGGCGGAUCGGGCCGUACAGAUCAAUAAGAAACUUCUGUCGAAAGAUCACAUGCUGAUCGCAUCAAGUCAACGAAUGAAAGGUAUUUGA